UUAAUGAGCCAAUUCAAAAUAAAAAUAUAAAAGACGUUGUUCGCCUUAAACCCUUCAAAAACCCUCUGGCAUUCCAAGCAAAGCAAAAGAAUGAUGAUGCGCAUACAGAAAUGGAACAGCAGACUAAAACGUUGCAAUGUCUUCAGAAGCACAAACAGGAGAUAUUUCAGCAACUCUACAGCUUCUGAUGUUUUUGGUCCACCUCCCACUUCUCCCCAGCGCAGAGUUGUUGUGACUGGGCUCGGCAUGGUUAGUCCACUAGGAACUGGAGUGAAAGCUUGUUGGGAGGCACUUAUUGAGGGGAAAUGUGGGGUUAGGGCUCUUUCUGCCGAGGACCUUAACAUGGAAGGGUUUGAAAAUGAAACAGUGCUUCGUACAUUGGAGCAGCUCCCGUCUCAGGUGGUUGCAGCUGUGCCACGUGGAAAGAAUGUUGGAGAAUUUGACGAAGAAUAUUGGCUGCACCCCAAGGACAAGAAAUAUUUGGCACGGUUUAUAUCUUAUGCGUUGUGUGCAUCUGAAGAAGCUUUGAGGGAUGCAGGCUGGUCUCCUGAAGAUUCAGAACAGAAGGAAAAGACGGGUGUUGCUAUAGGAGGUGGUAUAGGGAGCAUCAUUGACAUUUUGGAAGCUGCAAAACUUAUCUCUGAGCAGCGGGUGCGUCGUUUAAGUCCUUUCUUCAUUCCUCGUAUAUUGAUCAACAUGGCAGCAGGUCAUGUCAGCAUCAAGUAUGGCUUUAAGGGACCAAACCAUGCAGCAGUCACUGCUUGUGCCACUGGCGCUCAUUCUAUAGGAGAUGCUUUCAGGAUGAUUCGUUUCGGAGAUGCAGACGUUAUGGUGGCUGGAGGAACUGAGUCAAGUACUGAUGCAUUGUCAAUCGCUGGGUUUUGCAGGGCUAGAGCAUUAAGCACAAAGUAUAACUCAUCUCCACAAAAGGCAUCACGACCCUUUGACUGCAAUCGUGAUGGAUUUGUGAUAGGUGAAGGUGCUGGAAUUAUGGUUAUGGAAGAACUUGAACAUGCAAAACAACGAAGAGCAAAGAUAUAUGCUGAGGUUCGAGGAUAUGGCAUGUCAGGGGAUGCACACCAUAUUACACAACCCCAAAAUGAUGGACACGGUGCAUUUCUGGCAAUGGAUAGAGCUUUGAAACAGGCAGGCCUGUUCCCAGAUCAAGUGGACUAUAUAAAUGCUCAUGCUACAUCAACACCUCUAGGUGAUUGUGUGGAAGCAAAAGCAAUAAAAACUUUAUUCACUGAACAUGCAACAUCUGGUAACUUGGCUCUGUCAUCAACGAAGGGUGCAACAGGUCAUCUAUUGGGUGCAGCAGGGGCUGUUGAGGCAAUUUUCUCAGUUUUGGCUUUACACCAUGGUAUAGCUCCACUAACAUUGAAUUUGGAGGAACCAGAUCCAAUUUUUCAUGAUGGUUUCACUCCCUUGAAGGCUUCAAGGAAGAUGUCUAUUAAGUCUGUUUUGACAAAUUCUUUUGGGUUUGGUGGAACAAAUGCAUCAUUGAUGUUUACUGGCCCACUUUAGUGAUAAUAUCAGCUCUUGAAAGUUGAGACAAUUCAGCCUAGGCUUUUUGUAUUUUGAGGUACUACAUUUUUUUUUCAAACUUUUGGAGCAUUUUGAUAAACAUUCCUUUUCUUUUUUUAUUCAGUAGAAAAUUCAAGGUUCAGCCAAGAAGCGAAGGUAUGUAUUUUGCAUAUGAUUUUAUAUUUUACUCAUGAAUAGUUCUUCUCAA